CUGCUGGCACUGCCACUGGAGAGAGACGCGCCGUUCCCUUUUUUCCUGAUUUUUUCGUAUCUCCCCCCACCACUAACCUCCACAAAGGCCCUCAACCCAACACUUUGUCCUCUUUUUAGAUCUCCCUUUCAAUGACAUUUCAUUGAUGGCUGAUGACUUUUUUAACACCCCCCUCUCCUCCUCCCCCAAUUAUUCGUUAUAAAACUCCUGACAUCCACUCCUGCUUCUUCUACAAACAGCAAAACAGAACAUGGUUGGUCCAAGACCAAUUCCUCAUUGGCUUGGGGUUCUUCUUGGACAAAAGUUCUUCGAUCCUUGCAUACUUCAUGAAUCUGCAAAGAAGAAUGAGAAGAACAUUUUCUGCUUGAAUUGUUGCAUUACAAUUUGCCCUCACUGCUUGCCACUUCACCGUCAUCAUCGUCGCUUACAGAUAAGAAGGUAUGUUUAUCAAGAUGUUAUACGAUUGAGUGAUGCUCAGAAACUGAUCAAUUGUUCCCUCGUUCAACCUUACACAACAAACAGUGCCAAAGUAAUAUUUUUGAAUGAAAGGCCAAUGUCACGCCCAUUUAGAGGCUCUGGUAACUUGUGCGUCAAAUGCGAUCGCAGCCUUCAAGACCCGUUUCUCUUCUGCUCCCUCUCUUGCAAGGUUAAGCACUUGUUGUACAAAAGUAGAAAUGAUUUUUGGUUGGUAGAGCAGGAAGUGGAUCCUCAAAUGACUCCUGACUCAGUCCUGGAUUUCCAUAGAUCAAGUUGGUCAGGAGGAUCCGCAAACACAGCUGCCACUAGCAAUGGUGACAGUGGAACCAACUGCAAGCCAUCUUCACUACUUUGCACAGCUACAACGGAGUUUCUCAAGAUAAACAAGAAGAAACGGAGCUGCAUCCUAACCCCUCGAGUUCCCCACCGCCACAGAUGCUCACAGACUGAGAGUAAUAGCCGCCGGAAAGGUGUGCCUCAUAGAUCACCUUUGAAUUAAAUGGGUUGUGUUUCCAAAGAAAUGGGGAAGUUUUGAGUGCCUUGUAAAGUCAAUUAAUUGCUUCCUCAAAUUUUGUAUAGUUGUUAAACCUAUUAGACAUAAGAAUACAUGUUAGAAUUGGAUCACUGUUAAAAGAAUUAGAGAAAGAUGAUUCAUAAUGUCAAACUUGGUAGUAAUUCAGAUGGGAUUCUAAAUCUAA